AUCAAACUGCACGCGCGAACUAUGCACCCUGUAGUCUGGUACUGUUGGAAACUGCGUAAUUUAAACCUCAUUGCCGGAUAAAGUGAGUCCUGGAGCAAGUAAUGACCACAAGUCCAAUUCUUCAAGAUGUUGUCGCCUAUGUUGAUGUGUGGUCAUCAGACAAAACAGCAAACUACUCUAAACCAUUUGUUCAGCAGCUACAGGAGAUGGGAGCUCAGGUAUCAAAAACAUUCAAUAAACAAGUCACACAUGUAAUUUUCAAAAACGGCCAUCCAGCUACAUGGAGGAAAGCGAAGAAAAGUGAUGUGAAGCUCGUCUCUGUUCUCUGGGUUGGGAGGUGUUAUGAAGAUGGUUUGCGUGUGGAUGAGGAGUUGUUUCCAGCCUUAAAUGAUGAAACAAAUCCUGUGCUGAAAAACAAAAAACACCGCUGCAUGCAGCCAAAAGAUUCCCCAGAGAAGACACCUGAAAACGACAGACGCAUGAAGAAAAAAUUAGAUAAGAUGAUGAGAGACCUACCUCCAAAGCAAACUAUAGUUACAGAAAUGUCGCCCAUCAUUAUUGAUGAGGAGAGCGGCAUAGUCUACAGCCCAGCAUUAAAGAGAUCUGAUUACAUGGCACAACGUUUGAAAGACAUGAAGGAGAAAAGGGAAAACCUCUCACCCACAGCCUCACAGAUGGUCGAAUCCUGCUCACCCACUGGACUGAAGCCGUCUCUUGGGAGCACACCAACUGUCUUCAAAUUUAAGUAUGACCAGUCGGAUGAUGAUUCAUCUGCCUCUGCUGCUGAACCUUGUUACUCACCAGAUAAGGAAGAAGGGAGAACGAAAGUUGAUGUUAUAAGCCAUGACCAUCUCGAUACAUGCCACAGAAAGGUUUCUGAGAAGCCCUGGCUGUCACCCUGCCGCGAUGUGCCAGAACGGAUUCCAAGUCCAAGUUUGAAAUGUCCCAGCAUCAAGGACAAAGAGGGUGGAGAAGGAAAUAAAACUAAAAAAUCAAGACGGACUUCAGUCAGAAAAAAGCUCGCAGAGACGCCUACAUCUGUGGGUUUGUUGGAAAGCCUUCAAAAGGAUCAGAGAUCAGAUAAUUACAAGAACAUUCAACAAGAAAAAAGUCAAAUACAGACAAAACUGCAAAGCCCACCACCUCACACUUCUGAAAAGGGAAAGGGAAAACUGAAAGCAGUUAAAUCCCUCACACAGACUAAGGCCCGCUCUCUUUCUGACACUGUGAAACUUUCUAGUUGUUUCUCACCACCAGCUAAGCCAACUGAUGCUGCUGAUAAAAAGUCAAAAGAAACUUCUUCUCCAUUAGAGAAAAAGCCCAAACGAGCCAGACAAUCAUUUUCUGCGCUGGUACGAUCUUUUAAAGCAUCCAGUGACUCUAAAAAUGUUGCCUCUAGCUCCACUGAUUGUGAUGAUAAUGUGUUUGAGGACCUCUUCUCCCCCGCUAACCUCCAGAGAUCGAAGAGCUCUGCUUUGCUUCGUCUACCUGCAGAGAAAAAACCCUUCUUUCCAAUUCCAUUUGACCUGGAUUCUGUACCACAGAAGAAGAAACAAAGAAGAAGUGAAAGUAUGGGAUCUGAAGCUAGCAGUCAAAAGAAAAGGAAAUUCGAAGAAGGCCAGAGUGGCAAGAAUCAACAAGAGCCAGUUCAUGCAAUCAGUGACCCUCUGAUUGAUCCGCAGCAGGAUUUGAAAGAAUCUGUGCCUGCAUUAGAAACUUAUUCAACAGCCUAUGUCAAACCUGUGGACAAAAGGCAAAAACAAAGCACCGUGCCAUUUACAAGUACUGGCACAACCACAAAUGCUGCAGUUAAAAAGAGAAGAGCUUCUACCUCAGUGCAACCGACAAUGCUAACAGACGCUGAGGCGGAGUCAAAGCAGCAAAAAAAGUUUGCUGCCAGUGCCCUCUCCAGUAGCUCAGAAAGUAGAGGAAAUGAAUGUAAAGUUGCAGCUGGUGUAACAGAGAUCGCCUCUAAAGAAGAACAAAAUCCAACAAAGCCAAUCAGCUUGUGUGCUCAGAAAAUGGUCAACAAAACAACGGCCAGGAGAACAUUGGUCAUGACGAGUAUGCCCACUGAGAAGCAACAAACUGUGUAUCAGGUGGUGAAAUCCUUGGGUGGUUUUUCAGUUGUUGAUCGGGUGUGUGAGAACACGACGCAUGUGAUUUCUGGAGGCCAACGGCGGACUCUGAAUAUUCUGUUGGGCAUAGCGCGAGGCUGCUGGAUCCUCUCCUUUGAAUGGAUUCUCUGGUCUUUGGAGCAACGACAGUGGAUUCCUGAGGAACCGUAUGAACUGUCAGACCCGUUCCCCGCAGCACAGAUCUGUCGUCUCCAGAGGCACCUGUCCGCUGGGGAGCACCAACAGGAUCUGUUCCAGGACCAGCCGGCUAUGUUCGUGUCCCAGCACUCCCAGCCACCCACUCAGAGUCUGGUGGAGCUGAUCCUGCUCUGUGGAGGGAAAGUCUGCAAAACUGUGCGACAGGCGGGAAUCUGCAUUGGGAAGUACAGCGGCAGGAGACCAGAGGGGAGCAGGAUUGUGUCCGAGCAGUGGGUGCUGGACAGUAUCACAUAUUUGAAGCGGCUGUCGUAUGACAACUACGACCUGGAGUGAAGGAGGAGUUUUACUGAUCUUUUCUGGACAGCGAUGGGUCAAUGACUGUUGUUUCUACCUUUCUUGUGCAGGUUUAACAUCUACCUUUUCAGAUGUGUUCAGAGGCUUUACAUAAAUCCUCUCACAUAUCCCCCUUUCAAAGACUUUAUUGCCCUGUUACCAUGGUAACCUGGCAUUUCUGGGGACUAUCAACCAUUCAGCAACGGCUGAAUAAGUUACUGUGAAUAUGGUAAACUGCUUUUACACAGUAUUAUUUUAUCCACUACUGUAUAACAACAUGUCCGUAGAGGUGGGGUUAUCUUUUCUUCCAUUUUAGAAAAACCCUCUGAGCCAGUUCAACACUCUAAUGAAGAUAACACUCUGUUCACUUCUACCAGUGUUUUAUAAUGUCAUUGUUGAUAUUACUUUUUUAAUCAGUGUUUUUAAUAAAGCCCAUUUGUUUUCUUGA